ACUGUUCUUGCUAUUCGGUACGCCAGAGGAGGACGACAAACAGUUUCACAAUUGCGAAUAGCUGCAAGUCUGUCUGUCAUUCACUGUUCAUCACAUAUUCAACAUGGCGCCAGCAACCAUCGAGAAACUUCGGCUGUAUUCCGAGCCGGGGGCAUACUCGACCGGACCAAACGGAAUUGCCUCUAACAGAGAUCUCGACCCUGUUCCUUUCGAGUCUGAUGAACGAAAAUGGACUUGGCCUUCUCUAUUGGGAUUCUGGGUUGCGGAGGCAUUCAGUAUAUCCAUGUAUCAGGUUGCCUCUUCUUCCGUAAGUAAAGGUUUAAGUCCAGGUUUGGCCAUUCUGGCAGUCAUUGUGGGUCAUUUGCUAGUAUGCAUACCGGCUAUGGCCAAUGGAUAUGUUGGAUGUAUCUAUGGAGUCAAUUUCCCGGUAUUGAUGAGAUCUACUUUUGGUGUAUAUGGCGCAUACUUUGCUGUUUUUGUUCGAGGUGUUGUGGCUUGUAUUUGUAAGUCCUAAUGUUGUUAUUAUUGAGUGCAACCAUACUUACAAAUUGAAGGGUUUGGAACUCAAAGUUUUCAAGGUGGCCAAUGUAUUGCUUCAAUGAUCGAGGCCAUUUGGCCAUCUUUCAAAAAGUUCCCUAAUCAUAUACCAGCAUCCGCACAUGUCACUUCAGCUCAGAUGUUAACAUUCUUCUUGUUUAUUAUCGUUCAAUUGCCGCUUCUAUAUCUCCAUGUCUCGAAAUUACGAUAUCUUUUCAUGGCUAAGACUAUCGUAAUGCCGAUAUUCGGUCUUACCCUCUUCAUUUGGGCUCUUGUUGCUGGUAAGUCUUGAUAAUGUAGAAACAUUAGCACAGCACUGACGAUAUGCAGCGAAAGGGUUUGGCCCUACUUUUAGCAAAGGAACGAAUAUCCUAGAUGGAACUCCUGUUGCAGUUGUAUUCUUUCAAUGUGUCACAACCACGAUAGGGCCGAAGGCGACACUUGCCCUCAACAUGCCGGAUUUUACACGGUAUGCUAAGUAUCCGAAACAAGUCUUUUGGACACAGGCCGUUGGACUUUGUGUUCUCGUAACACUUUGUGGGAUUUUAGGUAUCACAGUCACCAGUGCUACACAAGAGGUAUACGGAGUAUUGACCUGGAACCCCCUUCAAGUCUCCGCAUUGUGGAACAAUCGUGCUGCACAAUUCUUCUCUAGUCUCUGCUGGAUGUUUGCAGUCAUCGGUACCAAUAUCUCCGCAAACUCAGUCUCUUUUUCUAACGAUCUCUCACUUUGGUUCCCAUCUUGGGUCAAUGCUAGACGAGGAGCUUAUAUCUGUUGUAUCAUCUCUGUCGCCGCCACACCUUGGAAUAUCCAAUAUUCCGCCGCAUCUUUCAGUGCUUUCCUCGGCGGAUAUGCUAUGUUCCUUGGUCCCAUCGCUGGCAUCAUGAUGGCUGACUUCUGCAUUCUUCGAAAUCGCCAUUUAAACCUGUCGAGUUUGUAUCGCCACCCAGAUAUCUAUUCUUUUUUCCACGGCCUUAAUAUACGCGCAUUUGCUGCCUUCAUCCUGGGCGUUGCACCUAAUCUUCCCGGCCUUGCGAAAGCUACAGGCCAGAAGAGUGUUCCAAAAGGUGCUAUGUAUGUGUAUAGUUUGAGUUGGUUGGUAGGAACGAUAGUUGCGUUUUUAUUUUAUAUUGCUUUUGGGAAGAUCUGGCCGAUGGAAGAUAACUUUGAUAAUGAUGAAAGAGUGCUGGCUGGGAUUGAUGGGAAUAGUAUUGGCACUCCGAGCUAUUCUGAGGAGAAUAAGGUUGAUGGCGAAAAGGGUAUACAUGAUGUUUAGGGCGAUUCUGAACGAUUUUCUAAAGUUGUAGUCUGUUUAUACUUUUUACUGAGAGAAAUUUAAUAUCAUGAAAUGUAUCUUGAAGCUGCGGGUUGGAGAGGAAUCAACUGCAGUAACUUCAGCA